CCACAACUCUUUGACUACUAUGCCCGUACGCUUGAUUAUGCGCUGGGCAACGACCGCACCCUUGAGAGUCUCUUCUACCCUUUCGCAUCGUUCGCCCUCAACGUCGGAGACGUCGUUUCUUCGCGCCACUUAGACAGCACCAACCUGGGCCCCGGCCUCUGCUGCAUCAUUCCUUUCGGUGUGUUCAAUCCCUCGAAGGACUGCCGAAUUGGUCUGGCAGAACUGGGGUGCGAAGUUGAGGUAGGCCCGGGCGUGCCCAUCUGGAUACCAUCCGCGGCUUUCACACACUACAAUACCCCGCUUGUGACGGAGGGAGCUACCCGUGGCUCAGCUGUGUUCUGGACUGGCGGUACGAUGUUUCAAUACCAUGAG